CUUCAUAAACUCUCAUAUUCACCUAAAAACUCACAAAUAUGAAUUCUCCUGUAGCGUUGAUGAAAUACGCCAUUUUUACUUUGAACUUUUUAUUAUGGAAUCUAGGAGCGGCCUUAUUUGGAUUAGGGCUGUGGAUCCGAACUGAUGAAGACUUCUGGGAAUAUGAGAACAGUCUGUCGGUCCGAAACUAUUACCAAGCUACGUACAUUGUUAUCGCUGUAGGGUCCAUACUUCUUAUCAUUGGAUUUAUUGGUUGUUGCGGAGCUGCGACAGAAAGUCCGUGUCUACUUUUAACAUAUUUUGUUACCAUCUUCUUAAUGGUCAUUAUGGAACUGGCCGCAGCUGUUCUUGUAUGGAAAGCGACAAAUGGAGACAAGCUCCAAAAGUUCCUGACCGAUCAGAUAGAGAUAGAAUUAGAAAAACAACAGUAUGAUGAGAAUUCCCGGCGUUUCAUGGAUCUCAUGCAGAUUCACCUUCAGUGCUGUGGUGCUACCUCGAUGUUGGAUUACAGAAAUAAGGGAUGGACAAUUCCUCAGUCUUGUAGCGACGAACGAUCCAACAACGUCUUUAUUAGGGGUUGUGGAGAAAAGCUUCGUCAUUACCUAGCGUCUAAAGGUGGUAUUAUUGGAGGUCUGGCAAUAGGCCUAGUUUUAAUUCAG